UUCAAUAUUGCAUUUAGACCCUGUCUCUCUCUCUCUCUCUCUCUCUCUCUCUCUCUCUCUCUAUACAGAUCUCUCUCACACACAUCUUUGGAACUUCUUCACCUUUGACAUGGGAGAAGAAGCUCAACAAGUACAGCUCCACAUCAUGAGUAAAGUGGGCAAAGAAGAAAACUCAACGACAGAGCAUAUAAAUGCCACCAGCCGACCAACAAGCGCUCAACGUAGGAAUUACAAGCGGUGGCUCCGAAUGGCCAUCUAUACAAUCUUUCUCAUCUCCGGCCAGUCAGUCUCAGUACUCCUCGGAAGAUUGUAUUACAAGAAAGGCGGCAAGAGUAAAUGGCUGGCAACCCUUGUGCAGCUUGUAGCCUUCCCUCUCGUACUUCCCUACUACAUCAUCUCAGCACCCAAAAAACCCACCACAGACGACAGUGUCGUUGUCCUUGUCCAUUCAAAACCACCUUCAACCUUAAUACUUUCAUCAAUUUAUGUUUCCAUUGGCCUACUUGUAGCAGGAGACUGCUUAUUGUAUUCAAUUGGGUUAAUGUACCUUCCAGUAUCUACUUACUCACUCAUUUGUUCAUCACAGUUGGCCUUCAAUGCCCUUUUCUCCUUCUUCCUUAAUUCACAAAAGUUCACUCCCUUCAUAGUGAAUUCUCUAGUCCUUCUCACCAUUUCCUCUAUCCUCCUCGUUGUUCAAUCAGACUCUGAAGACCCCUCUGGAGUCUCUAAAGGAAAGUAUGUAAUUGGGUUUGUUUGCACUGUUGCUGCAUCUGCCGGAUAUGGCUUGGUGCUUUCCUUAACACAGCUAGCCUUCAGGAAGGUUCUUAAAAGGGAGACAUUUACAGUGGUCAUGGACAUGAUAGUCUAUCAAUCACUCGUCGCAACUGCAGCCAUCGUGGUGGGACUUUUUGCUAGCGGAGAGUGGAAAGGUUUGAACAGAGAAAUGGAGGAGUUUGAACUUGGGAAAGUCUCCUAUCUCAUGACUUUGAUUUGGACGGCCAUAAUGUGGCAGGUUUUCGCUGUUGGUUCUGUAGGGUUGAUUUUUGAGGCGUCUUCGCUCUUUUCCAAUGCCAUUAGUGUUCUGGGUUUGCCUGUUAUUCCGGUUGCUGCUGUGGUCGUUUUCCACGACAAGCUUGGUGGAGUAAAGGUGAUCUCCAUGGUGUUGGCUAUUUGGGGUUUUGUGUCGUAUGUCUAUCAGCAAUAUCUCGACGAUUUUAAGCCCAAGCCUGAAGAUAGAAACGGUAAUAUUGAAGUUUCCAAUGCUUCCCCACCGGCAUAGGUUGGUGGAUGAAUAGAGAUUAUUUUACUUUUGGCAACGAUAAAUGUAUAAGAUUUUUUUUUUACCUUUAUGACCUUUCUAAUAAAAAAAAUUGAACUGUUAAACCA